AUGUCUGACUUCAAGUUGGCGGUCGACGAGAACAACAAGGCCACGGAGCUGCCACUGCUCCGGGUCUGCGGAACGGUGCAGCAGAAUCCACAUAUGCACGCUUUCUGGGCAUCGACAAUCUCCUUCUUCCUCGCCUUUCUUGGCUGGUUCGCUUUGGCACCAUUGAGCCUCGAGGCGUACCUGAAGUUCACGAACCUGAAGACCGGGCUCACGUACUGCACCAAGGGCCAGGAGAAGGACGGCGAUGGCAACCCCACGGACUGCGUGAGCCCGACCGUGGCGGAGCUGGCAACGGGAGUGACAAAGUACAGGCCAGAGGUGCUGGUGAAGUGCAUCUGCACGCCGGGCACCGAAUGCAAUAGCAUGAUCGCCGGCGCUGGCGUCGCAGCCGUCGCGUCCACGAUCUUCGUGCGGAUCGCCCUAGGCACGCUGCUGGAGCGCUUUGGCCCUGUGAACGUUCAGUCGGGGUUGCUGACGUUCGGCGCCAUUUGGGUUGCUGCAGCUGCUGGCAUCAGUGCCCCGUGGAACUGCACGCUGAUCCGCUUCUUCAUUGGCUGCGCUGGGGCGACGUUCGUCGCGAACCAGUUCUGGUGCUCCCUGAUGCUCGCUCCGAACGUCAUUGGCACGGCGAACGCCACAGCUGCUGGCUGGGGCAACCUCGGGGGUGGUGUGACUCAAAUCUUCAUGACGUCGGUCCUUUUCAACCCAAUGGUCGAGUCUGGUAUCGUCCCGGAUACGGCCUGGCGGGUUGCCAUGAUCGUGCCGGCGGUGAUGUUCCUGAUCUGUGCAGCGUGCAUCAAGCUGCUGUGCUAG